UCUUGUAAAGAUGGUGGGCUGCGUGGGGGGGGGGGGGCUCCGUGAUUCAGAGGCUCCACGCUCACCAUCAGAGCUGAGAAAGCAGCGGUCUCUCACCCGCCUCCUGUGACACUGCACUUCCUCUGCAUGGUUUGUCGAGGCGUUAAGGUGUUCAACAGUUUCAAAGUUACAAGCCAAACCACAGCUGCAGCGCUCACACUCGGCUCGACGUCCAUCCAGCUCUUAUUCCACUCUGUUCUACGCUUUUCUUCACUAACUAUGACGCUAAGCGGCCACCUAAGCGGAUGGUCACUCUUCCUUCUGGCUGCUGUUAUUCCAGGUGUCCACCUCCAGAGAAACGACAGCUCGGUCCAGCCCGACUCUGAGCUGACCUCUCGGGUCCAGAUCUACCGGCCCAUCUUGCAGCCCUCUGAGUCCGUUCCUCCCAUAGGGACCUACAUGCUGAAAACUAUUGCUGGGAAACCCUGCAUCAAAGCCACGAUGGGAGUCGUGUACAUCAUCAAGGAGAAGGAGAAGACCUGGUACUUCAGCUUGGACCCGUCCAGGGUCAGGACCACCGGUUACUGUGGAAAACAAGUUGCUGUUCUCUGCCUCACCCUGCCAGCCAACGCUGCCAGUCUGCAGUUCGCCUUCAGGAAGGAAAAGAAGAGUUUCUUCGUCACAAAGCUGAUCGCUCAUAUGUCCCCCCAGCCUGUCUGCCGAGGAUGUGAAAACAAGACGUAUUCAGGUUUGUUGGACCAUGACAAGCUGUUCAAGGCCGCUGAGGGACAGAGCUUCACGUGCAAAUCUGAGAGUCUGUUUCUGAUGUCGUCCGAGCUGCGGAUCAAGCUGGUCCCCCUGAAGAUGCAGGCCUUCACUCUGCCUAAAGGACAGUAUGGAAAAGAGGUGGAGUGUUGGGCCGACUUCAACAAGCGACUUAUUCCCAUCAUCAUCGGCGCCGUAGUGGUGGGUCUCCUCCUCAUUGCCGGGCUGAGCUACCUGUUAGUCAGGGAACGCCGCACGCAAGGAUACGACAGGCUUUGAACGCCGCAUGAAACCGGACGGAGGUUUCCUGCAGCCCUGAGAAUAUCUCACACUCCAGAUGACAAGUUCUCACAAAUGCUCUCUUUAACCUGAAUUUUUGCUCCUGUGACUCUGCUAAUAUUCUUACUAUAAAUGCAAUCAGUGUUGUUAAUUUAUUUAUUUGACCAAUAUUUCUUUGAUUUAAAACUCCCUUCCCUUCUCUUCCCUCUUCAAACUACUGAAUUGACUACCUGAUUUACUUUUUUUGCAUUUUGCUUCAUGUUCAUUUUGGAUUCACUGUACUUUUCCUUUUCCAGUUGUAAUACUCUGGUUUGUUGCAUAUUCAACAGUUAUUUAAAAAAAGGAAGUGGGCUGAAAAUUUUGUGCAUAAAAAAUAAAGCAGAGUGUUAUU